CCAUCCUCAUCAUCGCUCUCUGUUCAGGUCUGGCAUUUACUCGCAGGCCCCUCUGACAGUACGGCUCUGUAUAGCUGCUACUUCCGUGCUGGACAUUCACGACCUUCUCCCCCCUCCCCUUACAAUCCCCUGAAACGAUACCCUCACGAUCUUCUCUUACACCGUCAUUGCUUUUUUUUCAAGUACAACAUCGCGUAUCCAGACAGACGCAUUUCCAGUCAUCGAUAUUCCUUCUACAACGACGAACGCCCUCAUUGUUCAAAGCUCAUUCAUCCACUCCUUUUUGAAUCCUCUAUACUUUCCCCUCCGUCCUCACAACGACUCGCUCAACCUCUCAAGACGCGUUGUUAGGCGCUGUCAAGGUUAUCGGGAAUAUCAUGGCGAGCGGUCUACCGACCCGUCGCGCCAAAAGGGCCGAUGAGAAUGCACCCCCUGGCCCGACUCGUUCUCGUUCAACCAUCCUUUCCACCAAACAAUCAACCACUACCACCGAGCCAUCCAAGGAUUCCAACAAGUCAUCCAUCCCCGUCAUGAAACGUUCCGAGUCUUCCAAGACGGUUACUGCUAAAUCUCGCGCCGCCCUGGGGGAAGUCACCAAUGCUGGCAAACGCAAAUCAUCAGGCAGUGGCGUGGCAAAAGAAAAGGGCAAGGAAAAGGUUGAACGCAAACCUCUUUCUGUCGCUGCUGCUCCCGUCGUUCAAGCAACCAUGCCGAUGCGCAGAACACGCAGCAGUCUUGCAGAGACCAAAUCCCAACCGCGUACUGAAGAACGCGAAAAGAUUCCUAUCGCCAAGCGUAAGAUUGCCUCGGCAGUCAAUCCCAGUCGUACUGCUCGAUCACGUUCCACGACCGCCUCUACAUCCACCACCUCCGCCCUUGAUGUCGCCAAACCUCUUCUCGAACGUGCGCUCAAUGUCAAAGACGAUGUCCAGCCGCAACAAGAAGAAGAAGAGGAACCACUCACCAAACGUCGGCGGACAUCUACACCGUUGGUAGCGGAAGAUGAUGAUGAUGAUCUCGCGGAUGAAGCACAAUAUGACGAGGAUGGCAAAGAGAUCUUGCUUUCUAGCGGUGGUCAGGCGAUAGGCAUGAAGAGUCCUAAACGGCUACGGGCGAGAGAUGAAGGAUGGGAGGAUUUGGACGCCGAGGACGAGGGAGAUCCUACCAUGGUCAGCGAGUAUGUCGUCGACGCAUUCCGAUACAUGAUGGCGUUGGAGAGCAAAACCAUGCCGGACCCCAACUACAUGGAAGCGCAAUCUGAGCUGCACUGGCAGAUGCGAACCAUUCUAAUGGACUGGCUGAUAGAAGUCCACUCCAAAUUCCGUCUACUCCCCGAAACACUCUUCAUCGCCUCCAAUCUCAUCGACCGAUUCCUCUCCGCACGGGUGAUUUCCCUCAUCAAGUUUCAACUCGUCGGCUUGACAGCUUUGUUCGUCGCUGCCAAAUACGAAGAAGUCAUCUGUCCUUCUAUCACUCACUUCCUUCACAUGACAGAUGGCGGAUAUGGCGUCGAAGAGAUCCUGAAAGCGGAGCGAUACAUGCUCACAACGCUCGGUUUCGACCUUUCUUACCCUAAUCCUCUCCACUUCCUCCGACGUAUAUCCAAAGCCGAUGGCUAUGAUAUUCAAGCGAGGACCGUUGGAAAGUACUUGGUUGAGAUCAGUUGCGUCGAUCAACAAUUGAUGCAAUUCCCUCCGAGUUUAUUGGCUGCAGCGGCAAUGUGGCUCGCACGAUUGUGUCUCGAGCGUGGCGAAUGGAAUGCAAAUUUGGUUCACUACUCGACGUAUACUGAGGAAGAGAUUGUCGAGCCUGCUCAAGUCAUGCUUGACUUUCUCCUUUCGAGCGAGUUUGACAUGGCUUCGUCAUUCUACAAGAAGUACGCCGCCAAGAAGCACAUGAAAGCUUCGUGCUUCAUGCACACUUGGGCUCGCGGGACUUUCCUCAGGCUAUGGAAAAGCGAUGAAGACAUGCCGGUACCAGGCUUGGGCACUGAGCUGUACGACCAACUUCAGAUUGAUGUCCCUGAACACCGACUCCCGAGCGGUCACUCUGAUGAGGCCAAGUCGCCACUUUACGAUGGCAGUGACGAUGAAUAGAAAGAGGAUUCCUCCCGCAUACAUCCUGACAUUUUCGACAUUUUCGACCCUUUUUAACGCCCCAACGACUAUGACGAACCAAAAUCCCUCCCUCUGCCGUGUCUUAAUGCCAUACGAGCAUCACCAUGGAGGAAUGUCCUUCACGCCGCUUCCCGCUUCCGAUUUUGCUCCUUCUCUCCUUGCACCGAGUCAUUUGCCCGAGAUGGAUUAUAUAUGAGAGCUAUGAGGGAUGAGGGAUGAAACAUGGAUUUGGAAGAUGGAGACAACCGAUGUAGUGGUAGACUAUGCCAUAUAUGUACGUACAGAAUUCAGAGAGAUGUGAUGAGAUGCCAUGUAUUGUGCCUGGU